AUGUAGUUUUUUUGUCUUUUUCCUUCUUUCGGUUACAAACGUCUGUAGAAAACACGUUUAUAAAUUUGUAGUAUAUCAAUAUAUAUGUAACUGCGUAUACUUAGUUGCAAUGAAAGAGUUACAAUGUAUUGAAAGGAAAAUUAUCAUAUGGAUUAUAUAGUUUAUCGAUGUUUGUGAGCUUUCUCCUUCGUCUGAAUCUAUCUUCAUUAAAUCUAUCGAUUUAGCUUUAAUCCUGAGCAAAGUAACAAUGGCAACACCCAUGUGUGAAGAUGUCGGACCAUUAAGGGAGUGGGCACCACUUUCUGCACUUUUACAACAGAUACCUGCCAGAAUACAAACUGGUAUUUUUACGCAAGAUGUCAGUUUUACUUGUAUUGCUGCACUUACUGAGUUUAUUGCUAUUGGAACUAAUCGUGGGCUUGUCUACUGGUAUAAUAGAGAGAAACAAGAUCUACAAAGACUUCGUUGUGAGAAUGCAUAUUCCAAAAUCACAUGUGUAAAAGUAAUAUCUACUGUUGAUUAUAUGGUUGCUGCUGGUAAUGAACAAGGAGUAAUUACAGUUUUUCAAAUUCCCAAAAGUCCACCAGAUACAUUACCAGAUAGUUUAAAACCGAAACAAAAAAUACAGGUGGAAAGGUAUAGUAUAAAUGGUUUGCAUAAAAAUGCAGUGACAGCAGUUGAAUGGUCCAAGAAUGGUAUGAAAUUAUUUAGCGGAGAUCGAGAUGGUCUAGUAGUUUUAACAGAAAUUGACUUUUAUAUGCAUUUAUCUAAAUCAUCACAGUUAUUAAAUGAAAAGUAUUCAGUGGUACAGUUGAGUUAUCAACAAGGCUUGUUAUUGGUUUCAACUACAUUACGUACAAUUUUGGUGAAUAGAAACGAAAAUGGAAAAGUUAUACAAGUUGGCCAAAAAGAACGUAAAACAUUAGGUAAACUAGGUGCGGUAUUUGGUUCUCGACAAAAUUAUGUCCAAGAACCAAUUAUCUAUGCUAGUAGACCAGGUUUGCGUCUAUGGCAAGCUGAUAAAGUUGGUACUGUGUUGAAAACACUUAUAUUUAAGGAUGCAGUCAGAUCUGGUCAUACAGAAGUAGAGUUAUUAAAUCCCGCACCAGAAGGAUCCAGAAGGAAUCGCGGUGAACCUUCUUUCGGUAUUGCAUUGCCGUUUUGUGAUGAUUUGUUAGUAACAUAUAGUGAUGAUGUAAUUUAUGUAGUAAAUCCAAGUACUAUUGCAAUAACAUCAGUUGUGACCGAUUUGCGGCGUGUUACUGAUGUAACUUGUACUAAAGAUGAGAUAUUUAUAUUGGAAGGAGAAAGAAAUAUUUUGCGUAUCGCUCACUAUCCGGAAGAUAACACUUUCACAUCAGAAGAAACAAGAACCACAUUGGAUCCUUUAUCAUCGUUUGCAGAAUGUAGUAAACCUGUCACUAUUGGCUUAUUAGAACUAACUUCAAAAUUAAAAGAGAGUACUGUAGUGUCAGCUAUUCCCUUUCACAAAAUUAAUUCAACCAACAUUAUCCAAACUGUAGGUAUUGCACCAGUUACUAUUGGUAUUGAUGACAAUGCAGUUGUUAAUGCAGAAGAAGCUGUAGAAAUAGUCGAAAUACCACCAAUAGUUCCAUUAGAUUUAAAUAUCCCACUUAUGACACAUAUUAAUACAAUAUUAGAACAUAAAGAUAGAAAGAAAAAUAUAAAGGAUGAAAAGAGUAAUGAUCGUCGAGAAUUAUUUCGAAAAAUCGGUCAACAGGAAUUUGAAGACGUUGUUUUUACACCCAAGAGAAAACAAAGAAAAUCUCAUAGUAAAAUGGCAAACAAAAACUGGCAUAUUGCAUCACCAUCCGUCACGGAUUUUUCAUCGAAUAACCCAAAUGUUAAUAACAUAAAUGUCAAUGAAGCAAUGACAACGACCCAUUCUUCACUAUUGUCAUUGAAUAUAGAUGAUAAUUGUGUGUUAAAAUCAGAUCGUGAUUUAGAAAGGAUCCAACGAGAUGUAGAAAAUAAAGAAAAGUUAUUAGCUAAUAUUCUUGAUUUUGAUUCGAUCUUAUGCAAGUAUAUGAAAAGUAGUCAAAUAGAAAAUAACUCGAAUGCACCCGAUCAUGUGGAUAGUAUAACGCACAUCAAUUGUAACGUAUAUCCUAAUAAUACGAUGAACGAAGAACAGAGUACGAAUGAAAAAAAGGAGUACACUGAUCACAGUGAUCAUACAGAAACCGAAUCAGGAGAGGAAGAUGUGAGCUAUCAUACCGAAUUAAAGAGAUUGGAAGAUCUUGGAGAAUGUAGAAAGACACUUUUACAAAAUAAGUUGGAUUAUAUUCCAACAGCUGGUAAUGAUUUUCGACAAGUGCAAUCAGUAGAUUGCCAUGAAUUAGAAGUUCAAUUUAAUGCUUUGGCAAAAGAAUCAGCUACAUCUGCUGUUCUUGAAGAAGAAGAAGAUUGGGUUUUAGUUAAGGACGAUAUCCCGACGUUCCAUAAUGUUUUAAUAUAGAAUUGUACACAAAAAUUGUCUUAUUUUUUUUUUAUAUAUAUACAGGGUGUUUGAUAGCUGAUCAUGCAGACGAAAGUUGGAGAUAGAUUGGGUGUAG